AUGCCUUACUACGGGUACCGGGAAGGGGACGGGUCGGACUCAAGUGGGGGGUGUUCAGAGUCCGAUGGGGGCGAGUCGGACUCUGAAGGGGGGUUGAGUACCGAGAGUACGGCGGGGCAAGGUCUGCCGUACCCCGGGUUCACCCCCGUCGCCCUUCGGUAUCUGACGCAAGAGACAAGGCCAAGAAGUUGGUGCUUGAAACUCAUCACCAAUCCAUGGUUCGAGAGGAUAUCUAUGCUGGUAAUCCUUCUGAACUGCGUUACCCUAGGCAUGUACCAGCCCUGCGUCGACGACCAGUGUGUAACAAACAGAUGUAAAAUUCUCCAGGUGUUUGAUGACAUAAUAUUUGCAUUUUUUACACUGGAGAUGACAAUUAAAAUGGUAGCAAUGGGUGUGUAUGGACAUGGCACUUAUUUAGCGGAUUCAUGGAAUAGAUUAGAUUUUUUCAUCGUGAUGGCUGGGGCUUUGGAGUAUUCGUUGAACGUGGAAAAUAUCAACCUAUCAGCGAUACGGACAAUCCGAGUAUUACGACCUCUCCGAGCGAUCAACAGGAUACCUAGUAUGCGAAUAUUGGUAAUGUUACUGCUGGAUACUCUGCCUAUGUUGGGCAACGUCUUACUUCUGUGUUUCUUCGUGUUCUUCAUAUUUGGCAUAGUCGGAGUUCAACUUUGGGAAGGAAUUCUCAGACAACGAUGCGAAUUUGUUCUACCACCACACGUAUAUCGACCCAACAUAUCGUUGUACUACGAGUUCUCGAAAGAGUUGGAUUACAUAUGUACAACGCCAGAAGACAGCGGCAUGCACCAUUGCGGCAACUUCCCACCCUACCGGUAUGGGCAACUAGUCUGCAAUGAAACAGCGAAACCCUACUCCCUCAAUGCGCCAACAAACACCUCAUGUGUUAACUGGAAUCAGUAUUAUACCAACUGCACACAAAGAGGUUCCAAUCCAUUCCAAGGAACGAUAUCCUUCGAUAAUAUUGGUCUUGCUUGGGUCGCUAUAUUCCUGGUAAUAUCACUUGAAGGUUGGACAGAUAUAAUGUACUAUGUACAAGACGCACAUAGUUUUUGGGACUGGAUAUACUUCGUAUUAUUAAUUGUCAUUGGAUCUUUUUUCAUGAUCAACCUGUGCUUAGUCGUAAUUGCGACUCAAUUCAGUGAAACUAAAAAACGCGAGAUGGAGAGAAUGCGCGCUGAGCGAGCUCGGUUUACAUCGUCGUCCACUUUAGCAUCGUCCACGAACAAUAGUGAACCGGCGACAUGUUACGCCGAGAUUGUAAAGUACGUCGCCCAUUUAUGGAGAAGAUUCAAAAGGAGAAUGGCGAAAAAAAUAAGAGUAUACCGAUACCAACGAGCGCAGCUCCGUUGGCGCACCAGUCGGGAAACUCUUCAAUUACCAGCGAAUAAACCCAAACAACACCAUCCCUGCUGCCCCCGUAUUCAUCCACAGGGCAAUGGGGGGAAACCUGAGGAGGCGACAGGGGGAGGGGGCGACGAACCCAUCAGCAGGCCCAGCCUGUUGCGCGUACCUUCUCUCUCAGCCGCUGAUCUUGAGAACGCAUCGAAUCUAUCGUUGCUGUCGCCGCCAUCGCUAGCUCGGCGAAGAUCUUCGGUCAUGUUCAGCGAUACGGUGCUCCUACACGCACCCAAUACUCCGCAUACAGCGCACCCACACAACGUCUGCUCUUCUGAAAAGAUGACGCAAACAGAAUUCGACUUGCCGACAGGCGACACGGCGGAGGAACGUGCCGCAGCUGGUGGAACUAUGUCUUGUCAAGAACUGCUGGCACUCUCUGGAGCAUUAUCGGCAGCAUUACCAACUGGACAAGUCGCAUUGGAUUCCUUUUUCGAAGAACUCACAAAAGGAAUCAGCAAAAGAGCUGGUGAAGAAAAAAAUGAUACUAAGGCUAUAGAAAUAGAAGAUUAUUCAUGCUGUGCUGAGUUACUGGCAGCGGAGGCAGCCGCAAAACAAUCAAGAAAAAAUCGAUUCACGAGCGCAUGCUCGUUGUUCUGGAAAAAGAUAUCAAAAGUAUUUUCCUGGCAACGGAAACACAUCAAAAACAUAGUUAAUCACAAAUACUUCCAACAAGGUAUAUUAUUUGCUAUACUCAUAAAUACAUUAUCUAUGGGUAUUGAAUAUCACAAUCAACCGGAAGAGCUUACAGUUAUUGUUGAGAUCAGUAAUAUAGUGUUCUCCGCAAUAUUUGCCGUUGAAAUGCUUCUGAAAAUAAUCGCCGAGGGGCCUUUUAAAUACAUCUCUAACGGGUUUAACGUCUUUGAUGGCGUUAUUGUAAUAUUAAGUGCAUUCGAGUUGGCCCAAAGUAUGAGAAACGAUAAAGAUCUGGCUGGGAGUUCAGGUCUUUCUGUGUUGCGUACAUUUCGACUCUUGCGCAUACUAAAACUGGUUCGAUUUAUGCCUAACCUCCGGAGACAGCUGUUCGUUAUGCUGCGAACAAUGGAUAAUGUUGCCGUCUUUUUCUCCUUAUUGGUGCUCUUCAUUUUCAUUUUCAGCAUCCUCGGUAUGAACCUCUUCGGGUGCAAAUUCUGCGAGAAAGAUGAAGAAGGCGACCAAGAUUGCGACAGAAAAAACUUUGAUACGCUCUUGUGGGCCUUUGUCACGGUGUUUCAGUUUUGCAAGUAUGUGGAAGACAAUGGCGCCGAGCGAGAUUGUACCUGCCCAGAAAUCAUCUCGCAUCACCCCAAGUGUGAAUGCGACAGGAAACAUUUUAAUAACAUCCUCUGGGCUACCGUCACCGUGUUCCAGGUCUUAACUCAAGAAGAUUGGAAUGUUGUAUUGUUCAACGGCAUGGAAAAGACGAGUCAUUGGGCCGCAUUAUAUUUCGUGGCUCUGAUGACUUUUGGCAAUUACGUGCUCUUUAAUUUGCUAGUAGCUAUACUUGUUGAAGGAUUCAGCUCAGAGAGAAAUGAAAGGAGGGAACGUGAACAACGCGAAUUAGCAAAGUCCAAAUUGUCAAACGAAUGUUUCUCCGACAACAAUGAGUUACAGUACGACGAUUCUAAUUCAGGGUCACAUUCCAGCGACAGUUUCUCACAGAACGAAAUUAAAAACUUCUGGAAAUCAGCGGACGAUGUUCGACGAACUAAAGAUGAUGUGAAUGGACAUAAAGACAAAGCAUCUAAAGCUCGCAGGAAGGCAAAGUCUUCAGCACACCACCCUACGCUGUGUAAAGACUGUGCACAGUCCAAUAAGUGUAAUAUUCAAAAGGAAUCAAAAAUGUUAGCAAGCAACGCGGGCACAAAUGAAAGCACAAUAGUACCAAUGAUUACUCAUACAGCCGCCACGCCUCAAGAUUCACCAUCCACUACAUUGGAACCUGGAGCGUCAUUCAGAGACUUUACCGUUGCUCUCAGUUUAGAAAGAUCUUCAAUGCUCUCAAGUUUGGACUCCAUUGAUCGCACUUCUUGUACAAGCAUACCAGGACUUUUAAAACCUCCGAAUAGUUACACUUUAACUCUACAUUCAGCCUCUGCUCAACUUGGAGCAGAAAAAGCUCGUCUUCCACCAAUGUCUCUCGCUCCACCUCCUUUAACAUUAGCUCUGCCACCCAUCAAGACCACAAGUUCUUCUACGCCGACGACUCCCAGACCAAUGUCAUCUCCUGUACCGCCGGAAAAGAAUCUACAAAUUGUAAUAAUGAAAGAAGAUAAUUGUCUAAAUACAAGCGACAAGUCUAGUCUCCUCAGUACACAAAAGAGUGUAAGUCUAACGAGCCCAGGAUCAAAUGGAGACGACAAAUGCAGGGUUCAACGUGGAUACAGUUGGAGACUAUCUAGACCGAAUUUACGGAAAAAACCUAAGCAUAGGACAGGUUCAGAUUCUGACGCAGUGAUCCUAAACAACGGACGUGAUCAUACCACUUGUAAUGGUUCAAAUCUUCGCAAGAACGAGCUUCUGUUGUCAUCAUCAAUGGUGAUCAAAAACGAUACGCAAUCAGAGUUACCAAACAACCGCACGCGAUCACAACUACCAGCCCCCAGGGUACUGGCGCAGCCAGCAAGGAGAGUAUCUGCACAUACCGCACCACUUCUGCCUGAUGUGUCUUGGAAAGCGCCGGAGGCGGGAUUUUCGUCCGACUCUACAGUGCGACUGGAAACUGUAAAGCCUCCACCUCACAGGCUCUCGCUCACCAACGACUACUUAACUAGCACUACAGUGACGUCAGUAUCGGAAGUAAAAGCAAGCAACCUAACGCCACUUACACCGCAAGUUGCCCAAGUAACCACGAGGACACCCCGCAGUGAACCAACAUUGGCCGCCAGACCGAACAACCAAUCACUGCCUUUGAUCAAACAAAUUAACGAAGAGGUUGCAAUUAACAAUAACAUUUGCAUACUAUCAAGACGAUUUGAUAGAAGACGUUUUAGAUUCAAAGAUCUUUUCCGAUUCAUGGAACCAACAGGAUGUCUAAAGGAAGUGGAAGAUUACUCCCUCUACAUGUUUUCUCCGGACAAUAAAAUGCGGAGAUUUUGUACAUGGAUGGUAACUCGAAGCUGGUUCGACAACAUAGUGCUACUGUUUAUAGCAUUGAACUGCAUCACUCUUGCUAUGGAACGACCAAAUAUACCACCAGACUCCAAGGAACGAGCCUUCCUCUCCAGCGCCAAUUACGUUUUCACUGCUGUGUUUGCAGUAGAAAUGUUUAUAAAGGUUGUUGCCUCUGGAAUGUUCUACGGCUCUGAAGCAUAUUUUACGUCGGGUUGGAAUAUAAUGGAUGGAUCACUAGUCAUUAUAUCCAUUAUUGAUUUGUUAAUGUCAUUAGUCUCUGAGUCUAGCCCCCGCAUUUUCGGAAUUCUCAGGGUAUUUAGACUGUUACGAUCUUUGAGACCCUUGAGAGUAAUUAACCGGGCUCCAGGAUUAAAGUUGGUCGUUCAAACGUUGCUCUCAUCGUUACGACCUAUCGGAAACAUCGUGCUCAUCUGCUGUACGUUUUUCAUCAUAUUUGGCAUAUUGGGAGUUCAGUUAUUUAAAGGAGCGUUCUUCUAUUGCGAAGGGGCUAAUAUUAAAAAUGUCAAGAACAAAUCCGACUGUCUAACGAUAGAAGGAAAUGUAUGGGUGAAUCGGAAGUACAAUUUCGACGACCUCGGUAAAGCACUGAUGUCGCUGUUCGUACUGAGUUCUAGGGACGGCUGGGUUAAUAUAAUGUAUACAGGAUUAGACGCUGUAGGAGUGGAUCAACAACCAAUAGUGAAUUAUUCUGAAUGGAGGCUCCUAUACUUCAUUGCAUUCAUUCUACUGGUCGGAUUCUUCGUGUUAAACAUGUUCGUAGGAGUAGUGGUAGAGAACUUCCACCGUUGUAGAGAAGAACAGGAGAAAGAAGAAAGGGUCAGGCGAGCGGCGAAAAGAGCGCUCCAAAUGGAGAAAAAGCGAAGAAAAAUGCAUCAACGACCAUAUUAUUCCGACUACUCACAGACGCGGCUAUUUGUACACAACGUUGUCACGUCGAAAUAUUUCGACUUAGCAAUAGCGGGCGUUAUUGGCCUUAACGUAGUUACAAUGGCAAUAGAAUAUUAUAAAAUGCCACCAGCUCUAGAGUAUGCUUUGAAAAUAUUCAAUUAUUUCUUUACUGCAGUCUUUAUACUUGAAGCUAUAAUGAAACUGGUGGCACUAGGUUUUAAAAUAUAUUUAAAAGACAAAUGGAAUCAACUAGACGUUAUAAUUGUUAUGUUGUCUAUAGUUGGGAUAGUUUUAGAAGAGUUAGAGACAAAUAUAAUUCCCAUUAAUCCGACUAUAAUGAGGGUUAUGCGAGUAUUAAGAAUAGCUAGAGUGUUAAAAUUAUUAAAAAUGGCAAAAGGUAUAAGAGCAUUGCUGGAUACGGUAAUGCAAGCAUUACCACAAGUUGGGAACUUAGGUCUUUUGUUUUUUCUACUUUUUUUCAUUUUUGCCGCAUUAGGCGUAGAGCUAUUUGGACGAUUGGAGUGCUCUGAUGAAAUUCCAUGUCAAGGUCUUGGUGAACACGCCCACUUUGCGAAUUUUGGAAUGGCUUUCCUUACAUUAUUUCGGGUAGCAACUGGAGACAACUGGAAUGGUAUCAUGAAAGACACCCUCAGGGAAGAUUGUGACAGUUCCGUAGACUGUGUUCGAAAUUGCUGCGUAUCCACUAUAAUCGCACCAAUAUUUUUUGUGGUGUUUGUUCUAAUGGCACAAUUUGUGCUUGUCAAUGUGGUUGUUGCUGUUUUAAUGAAACACCUAGAAGAAUCUCAUAAACAAAUGGAAGACGAAAUAGACAUGGAUGUAGAAUUAGAACGUGAAUUAGAGCGAGAAGCUGAUGACGAAGAAGAUAGAGCUUUGUGCCGAGCUUUGGAAGAAUGUGUAUCACCACCGCGACCUUUGAAUAAGGUACCGUCCCUACCGGCAAAUUUUACCUACAGUGAACCAAAACACCAACCAGCACCGUCCCCUACACGCCGCCGGCGCACUCUGCACUCGCACCAUGCUUUGUUGCCGACAUCGCUACCGCCAAGAAGAGCUUCUUUAUCUCCUCAUGCAUUUGGACGACGUCGACAGGACUCUACCUCAGACCCUCCGGCAGCACUGUACGAAGAAGAUGCCAGGUUCAUUGAUGCUGACGACAUCGAUGAGUUGGAACCGGGUAGUCCGCCUCGACGAGAUUCCUUUGCAAACAAUCGCAGACAACGGGUUGACAAAAGAAAUUCAUUGCGUGGUGAAGAAUGUAGACUUUUACGGCCAGCUCCCGUACUUCUUGCAGUUCCAUCGUCAAGACAAAGUAUUAGGAUAAAUUCCAAACGAAGACUGUCUACAGAAUCAGCAGUAACCAGCGAGGCCACUAAUGCAUUUCUACGACCACAAUCUCAUAUCAAUAUCGAAUGUGGAGAGCAAAUUAUUAGUGAAGAAGAGAAAAUACGAAUAGUAAUAGCUGAAAGACGGAAGAUUGAUGCGGCAAGACCGGAGACGGACGACGUCGUAGAAUUAUCUGAACGCGGCUCCUAGUCCAGGCGAGGCCGGCCGCAACAACAUCAUGAAGUUUAUAUUUAGUGUGUUCGCUGUAAGUGACACCUAAAUAUUCUUCCCUUCACUAAUCCUCUCAUCUAUAAUGUGUGCUCAAAGAACGAUAAAGGUUUGAACUCGGUUGCGCAACAGUGAUACAGUGACGAUUAUAAUGAACUCAUCUUUUGACUAUAUACUUUAACGUUGCAUAAAUUUCAACCGACUGAGUGAAAGUAUCUGUGACAUUUCGAUGUGAUUGUUUCCUACUUUUUACUUCCAAAUCUUCAACCAAGUCUUACUUUUCCAAUUGCGGCCGGUUCAACUAAGUUAUAAAGAGACUAUAAUAAAUUUAUGCUAAGGUGUAUAAAAUUAGAUAGGAAUUAGAAUUAGUCAAUUUGUUGUGGUGGAAUAUUUUCUACGAGAGCUAUUAAGUUCACUUCGUAAUUUUAUUAAAUAAUUUAUUAGUACGGUGCUUGCUGUUAAAGUUUUAUUCGUUAUUUAUGAAUUAUAGAAAAUAAUAGGAGGUACUCUAAGAUUUUCCGAAGAACCUCAACGAAAUAUUGGUUUGUAGUAAGUGAUAAAUAGUUUCUACUUGUUAUAACAAUUCAGCUGGAUAGAAUUGUUAUAGUCGUGUGUCAUUUUAAUGUUAGAUUUUAUUUAUGACUUAAGAACAGGUUUCUAAUCAUUGAAAUUUAGAAUUUUAUGUAAUGUAAUCAAUCAUCCAUUGAUAUGGAAAAGCCUAUUGUUGUUUUAUUGUGGACAUUUAUUUGAUAAUACUUCCAAAGGAAUUUGUACUCAACGACUGUGUAGCCUCAUAAUGAUUGUAACUAGCUAGAUUUUUGACAAUCUUAUAGAUAUCAUAAACAGAACCAAUCGUUCGUAAAUUGAAUAUUAAUCUCUCUCUUAGAAUGAAAAAUAAUAUUUUUCUGAAUAUAAAUAAAUCGUAUUUUCUUACAGUACAUGUACGUAAUUUAGAUGAAUAACUGGCAAAUACGCACAUAAAAUUAGACCGUAGAAUGACUAGACAUGAAAAUUACAAUAAUGCAAAACAGUUUGAACAUUAUAAUUAACUUGGUCGGUAAUGGUGGUCUGAGAAUUUUAAAAUAAGGGAAUUUUUAUUCAUAUUUUAGCAGUGUAUCGUUAGCCGUGCCAAAUCUACAAGUAACUUAAAUCUGUAAGUAAAUAUUAAUAUUUUCAAAAUUGUUCACUUACAUGAAACUUUUUUUAACUUGGGCUUAAACUACUUCACUGCGCAGAAACUACAAAUGCCAAAGUAGCUAUAAUGAAAGUUUCUUUUUAAAAGCUAACUGCUAGACUUAUUCAGUGAGGCGGGACUACGAGGCCCUAGUUGUGACGAUCGAGACCUAGUUAGGGAAGUCAGCAAUAAAUUUUAUACUUCGACUGUGCCUUUCCUAUUUCUAACGUAUUAGCUUGUGGAGUUGAUUGUGGGUAGACUCUUAAAUGUAUACUGUAGGAGUUGAAGGGUAGAUACAUGAUAUAAAUCUUGUUGAGACUUUAUUAAGUUUUCGUUGUAAGUCAUGUGAAAAAUUUGUAACGUAAGGUAGUUUCCGAAGGCAAUUUGAAUUUAUGUAUUAUCAUUCCGAGUGGGCAAACUAUUCUACUUAGUAUUCAAUGAACAAGAUAAAGUUGGAGCUAUAAACUUUGCUUUUGUUACUGCAAUUUACUGCUUUUGUGAAGAUUUCUGAUAAGGUUCAUCUGGUAUUAUUGUAUUUAACUUAUCCUUCCAUUUAGUACUAUCUCUUGAUUAUACAACGUUGUCUUCCACCUUAAUCUACUUUUAUGAAUAUUUAAAAUGCUUUCAUGUUAAACUUCAAAUAGCAACAAUAAAAUGUAUUGUAUUGCAUAAUUAGUCAAGAAUAACAGUGAAUAUACAUACUUUUAUUUCUUAACACUUAAAAGAAUUGAUUAAAGGGAAUUUAGUAAAUAAUAAGUAUAGCAUUUUCGUGAUAAAAGUAAAUCUCGUGAUAAUGAUGAGUAAUUGUUUUUCGGUACUGACUGUAUGAUAAUUUUAAGAGGUAUGAACAAUGUUCAUUAGAUGAGUACACCUGUUAAACUUAGCUGGUGAUCUGUCAAGUUACGAAAGUUACGACAAUGUUAGGUUGAAAAAUAAAUCUAAAUUCUA